AUGGUGCUCUUGGACGACGCUCCUCAGGCUGUCCUCGACUGUCUCGCCACUCAUCUACCGCUCGAAACCCUUUGCAACGUCCGCCUCAGCUGCCAAAGAUUGCGUGCUGGAACUCUGAGUAUAUUCGGGCGCAGAUACUUUCGGAAGCGUGGUGUGGUCAUAUCGAUCGAGAGCUUGCGGCAUCUUUACGAAAUUACACAUAAUCCUCGUCUUGCUUCGUCAGUGCGCGAAGUCGAAGUCAGCACCAUGCGCUUGCCAAAUUACGUUGAUGCUUUCACAUAUUUGAGAGGUGGUAAAUCGAAUUUUCUUGAGACGAUAUGUAAGAUGCAGACUUUAGCCGUCAUCGACGAUUUGUGCGAAGCAUUCUUGUCGCAGCUGCCCAACCACACGACGCCUCAGCAUCACAAACGCUGUGCCAGCCAGUACCAGCUCCUGGACACUGGAGUCGUCGCCAAAUAUCUAUCAAAAGCCUUGAACGGCCUUCCAAAUUGCGCUCGUAUUGUUCUUACAGAUCGUGCAGGUUGGGGAGCGAAAGAGCUAGCCCAGCAGAGCGGAACACCUUUGAUGAUGGACUUUCCUCACGGUAACCCCGUAUUCAGCUUGAGACUUUGGAAUGCUCUACUGCUUGCAGUUUCCAGAAAUCCGGGGGUAAUUACAGAAGUAGGAACCAGUUUUAAAUACGAUGUUCCGCAAAGCGUUAGGGUAGAGAUAUUCACUGCCCUCUCUGAGCGUCAAGCCAACUUGGAGACCACAACAAUUGUUUCCCAGGAGUUGGGGCUCCAGCUGGCCCACAUCACGUCACUACGCCUGGAGGGACUCCCUUGCGCAAAUACCUGGUGGGGGGGGAGUAUCGUCAAGCUCGUCAACACGUUUCCGCGGCUUUUGCGUUGCAGCAUUGACUUUGCCUGUUUCGGCGACCAUGUGGCAGUUCGAGAGCUGUCCAGCGAGUUGUUUAUGCCGCAUAUACAGGUCCUAGAAUGUUCUAUGUUUGCAAUACGAGAGCAAGAUUUAUACAGGUUUCUUUCUCGCCACCGGUACACCUUAAAAGAAGUCAGUCUUCGCAAAAUGACCCUCAAAGGCCAAGGAUCGUGGUACUCGCUUCUCGCACAGCUGUCCAGAGACUUGAAGGGGCUUGUUCUACGCCUCGAUACGGUUCGAUACGGUACUUGCGUGGUGAAAAGACGAGUUUUGAAUUUCCUCGGCAAUGAACCCAAUGGGACCGUUAAAAGGAAACGGGGAGACGGCAAGAUACCUACCUCUUAA